AUGACCCUCCAAAUCAUCGUCAUCGCCGCUACCGCGGUUAUCUACUUCCUCACCCGCUACUUCAACCGCACCGACAUCCCUAAGAUUAAGGGAAUCCCCGAGAUCCCAGGCGUGCCCAUCUUCGGUAAUCUGAUACAACUGGGUGUCAAACACGCCACAGUCGCUCGCAAAUGGUCAAAGAAAUUCGGGCCUGUGUUCCAGGCGCGUCUGGGCAAUAGGCGCGUCAUCUUCGCCAACACCUUCGAAUCCACCCGUCAGCUGUGGAUUAAGGAGCAGUCUUCGAUGAUAUCGCGCCCUACAUUCCACACAUUUCACGGUGUUGUCUCUAGCUCGCAGGGCUUUACGAUCGGGACAUCACCGUGGGAUGAGUCAUGUAAACGGCGCCGUAAGGCGGCUGCGACAGCGCUCAACCGCGUCGCGGUGCAGUCCUAUAUGCCCAUAAUCGACCUGGAGAGUAUGGCCAGUAUUAAGGAGUUACUGAAAGAUUCACAGGGUGGGAAGAUAGAUAUCAACCCUACUCCCUACUUCCAGCGGUUCGCUCUCAACACCAGUUUAACUCUGAACUAUGGCUACCGCAUCGAGGGCAAUGUGAACGACCAGCUUCUCAGAGAGAUCUGCGAGGUGCAGCGAGGCGUGGCGAAUCUCCGGUCAACCAGCAACAACUGGCAGGAUUACGUUCCUCUGCUCAGGUUGUUCUCGGACAGAAGCAAUCAGGCGAAGCAUCUCCGUGGGCGGAGAGAUAAAUACAUGGCCUUUUUGUUUGAUAUUCUGAAGGAUCGCAUGGCCAAGGGGACAGAUAAGCCGUGCAUUACGGGGAAUAUUCUGAAGAAUCCCGAGACGAAGCUUACAGAUGCGGAAAUCAAGUCUAUCUGUCUGACCAUGGUUUCUGCGGGACUUGAUACCGUUCCCGGCAACUUGAUCAUGGGCAUUGCGUACCUGUCUUCGGAAGACGGCCAACGCAUUCAGCAGAAGGCUUACGAAGAAAUUAUGUCCGUGUAUCCGAAUGGCGACGCCUGGGAGCGGUGUCUUGUGGAGGAAAAAGUGCCUUAUAUCACUGCACUUGUGAAAGAGACCCUGCGCUUCUGGACUGUGAUGCCUAUCUGCAUUCCGCGUGUGAAUAUCAAGGAGAUCGUCUAUAAUGGCGCGAGGAUCCCUGCUGGAACGACCUUUUUCAUGAAUGCGUGGGCAGCAAACUACGACGAAGAUCAUUUCGACAUGCCCAACCGCUUUCUCCCGGAGCGAUACCUCGAGCCGAGCGAAGGCUUCGGCACGCCACACUACAGCUUCGGCGCCGGGACGCGCAUGUGCGCCGCCUCCCACCUCGCGAGCCGCGAGCUGUACACUGUCUUUCUUCGGUUUAUCGUGGCGUUUACCAUAGAGCCAGCUCAAAACCCGGCCGAUAUGCCAGUGCUUGAUGCUAUUGAGUGCAACGCUACUCCGACGUCGAUGACAACGGAACCGAAGCCAUUCAAGGUUGGUUUUAAGCCGAGGGAUGAGGCUAGUUUGAGAAGGUGGAUUGCAGAGAGUGAGGAGCGGACAAAGGAGUUGUAG